AUGAUGGAGGAGGAGAGGCACAGAUGGGCCACGCCGGCCCCCCCGAGCCCGCUCGACGCCCGGCAAGGAGGCGGCGAGGAGCCCCGUGGCGAUCCCUACGUCAAGGCCUCCCUCGUUUUGGGGAGGCGACCGGCCCUCCCGCUGCUUCCCAAGGCCGGGAGGGGAUCCAGGAGGUUGGUCCUGAGGAGGAAGGUGCUGAGGCACAGGCCCGACGGGGGAGUGGAGGUGUCGGACGAGUCGGUGACCAGCGACGCCGAGAGCGACGCCGAGGUUUGGGGACUGAGGCAGAACACGCUCCCGCUCGGCACCGGGGGGGAGGACAGCAUCUCCGAGGGGGAGAUCGAGACGAGCAGCAGCUCCCUCGAAGAACCCCCAUACUGGGGGGGCAGCCCCCCCGUUUUCCUCAGGGAUUUGGGGAGCUCUCCCGCUCCGUGCGCCGCCGCCGCGGCGGAACGACCCAAAUCCUUCAUCCCGCCGCGGUUGGAACCGCCGGGGGGAAACCGAGGGAAAACGGAUCGAGUGGCCAAAUAUUUGGAAUAUAAACAGGAAUGGGAGAAAUUCCGUCUCCCCGGGGAGGAUCAGCGCCACGAAGUGCGCUGGGAAAUCCGGGAGCGGAUGCUCUGCCAGCCCCAGCCCCCCGCCAGGCCGCGGCACCUCCACGUCCCCAAUCCUUACGCCGUACCCACCGAAAAAAAGAGGGCUGCCCUGCGCUGGGAGGUGCGCUGGGACCUGGCCAAGGGCCUCCUCCCUAGAAAACACACCUCCUCCUAG